AUGCAACGGAAUUUUAAAUCUUUAAGAAGAUUUCAAUGCGCAAUUCGAUACCCGCUGCAACCAAAUGCGGGAAAAAUUCCGUUGCGAAAAUUAAAGACCGCUAUCAACAAUCGCUUAAGUUUAUUACACCUUCAAUCUAAUUGGUUCAUUUAUCGGAAUAUGGGAUUGAGAGAUUUGAAAAAUGCAUUCAAACGCAUGGAUAUUCAUCAUGGUCAAAAUGUGUUAUCCAAUAAACAUGAAGCUUCACUGAACAAUCAAGAGCAACCAAAACAACACAGCCAACACGGCGGGUCAAUUGACGGUGGAGAUAUAUUCAAACAUCCGAUUGCAACCGGUGAGCCCCCACAGAUGUUUAAACGGAAAAAACAUGAGCUUGCCCCUCAGGGAUGUGCAUUGGAUCAACCAAUUCAAACUAAUAACUUUUCCAAUAAUUUAACGUUGGAAGACCAAACAUUUCCUAUUUGGACCCUACCAUAUUCUUUAUGGUUGACAAAGGACCCCGGACAAGAUUUUGGUUUAGCAUUGAAUCACACUGAUGCUAACCAAAGAGUAUUUGGUCCAGAACCAGAUGCCAAGGUGGCUCAGUUUUAUUUCAAUCCUCCAAGGAUUAAAUCAUUUGUUCUUUCUGGUGAAGGGUUCAACAAUGUUAAAAUGACGUUGCACGAUCAUCGCAAAAUGUCCAUGACUACUAGACUCGAAACCCAGCAGGGAUGCGUUGAGAUCCCAUUGAUACAAGGCAUGGGCUUCAUCACAGCUAUAUAUGACAGGAUCAAGCCAGUUAUUGCUUCACAAGUGGGAUACCAAGAGUUUAAAAAAGUCGGACAGAUUGAUGGACUCCAAAAGUAUCAAGUGAAACUAUUCAAUCAAGUUGUUUGGUCCAUUUAUAGUGAUAUUGAAUUGAAGUUGGCCGACCCUAACCAUAUUGUGGGACAAAGCCCUGGUACGGUGCAAAUUUGUCGCGGAGACUCUUCUCAUUAUGAUGAUGCUGUUGGUUGUUAUCCUAUAGGUGCAGAUAUAUCAGGAACAGUAAAUGGAGAUCGAGGGGAAUAUAGAAUCAAGUAUGACAUAAAGGGCAGAUCUAGAUCCGGUAAAACUAUAAUCUGGGCCUUACCCCACCAUCAAGAAGUAAUAACCUCGAAUGGUGAGACAGACUUGAAGUUGGACUCAACUACAAAAGGGGUAAUGAAGGCUUACAAUACUAAUGAGUUGGUUAUGCAAGAGCAAAAUUUACCUGUGGAUGUGGUGUGGGAUCCAUGGACUGCUUUUGCAACAAGAGCACAUUACUCCGACUCAACCUUACAGUUGAUCCACCAAGCUGCUAGUGAUGAAAUAAAACAAGACGUUGUCGGAAUGGCAAAUAUAGACUCAAUGUACACAUCAGGAAAAAUCUUGGACAAGUUUGCCUACGUCGCCUACGUUUGUCACUUUAUCUUGAAAGACGAAGGUCUCACUAACGAAAUUCUCCCUAAAGUUAAACAAGCGGUUGAAAUUUUUGCCAAAAAUCAACAAAAGUUCCCCUUGGUUUAUGACACCACUUGGAAAGGUAUUAUAUCCUCAGCUGAACCUGGGGCCGAUUUUGGAAAUUCAAAUUAUAAUGAUCACCAUUUCCAUUAUGGAUACCACAUACACGCCAUUGCUUUGAUUGCCCAUAUUGAUGAAGGAUGGCUACACGCAAACAACAAUCUAGUCUACGAUUAUGCAAUUUCUCUUCUCAGAGAUGUUGCUAGUCCUAAAGCAGAUGAAUUCUUCCCACAAUCUAGAUCAUUUUGUUGGUAUCAUGGACACUCUUUUGCUCAUGGAAUAUUUGCUUCUGGUGACGGUAAAGAUGAAGAAUCGUCGAGUGAAGAUUAUCAUUUUGCCUAUGGUAUGAAAUUGUUUGCUAAUGUAGUUAAUGAUCAGGCAAUGGAAAGUAGAGCCAACUUGAUGCUUGCCAUUAUGAGGAGAUCAAUGAACAUGUACAUGCUUUUCUCCGAUGAUAACAAAAUCCAACCGGCAAAUUUCAUUCCUAAUAAAGUUGCUGGAAUCUCUUUUGAAAACAAAAUCGAUUAUGCCACUUACUUCGGCAGAGGUACAAUUGGUGAUGAAUGGAUUCAUGGUAUCCAUAUGUUGCCUAUCACACCUAUCUCUGGGUACAUUCGUGGACCAAAAUUUGUCAAAGAGGAAUGGGAUCAGAAAAUUGCACCCAUCAUUGAUAGAAUUCCCGAUGGUUGGAAAGGUAUUUUGAUGUUGAAUAAAGCAUUGUAUGAUCCAAAGAGUUCGUACGACUGGUUUGCGCGUAAGGAUUGGGAUCCAGCCCAAAUUGACAAUGGUAUGUCCAGAACUUGGUCGUUGACAUACACAGGAGCUAUCUUGGGUUAA